UUACUUGCUGUUUUCGCACCGAGGCAACGUGGGGUUCACACACCGGUGUCUUACAUAUAAUGUUUAUGUCUAACCGUAGCCUUGUUAAAGUUAUAAAAUGCAGAUAUCAAGUGUGAAUGAUGUCAAGAUUUAUAAUUUAAGCCAUGGAAAGUCCCUUCCGGAGUGGCUAUCGGACCGUAAGAAAAGGCAACUGCAAAAGAAAGAUGUUGACAUCCAGCGCAGGAUUGAGCUCAUCCAGGACUUUGAGAUGCCCACAGUGUGCACAUCCAUAAAGGUAUCCAGGGAUGGGCAAUUCAUCUUGGCAACAGGGACGUACAAGCCAAGGAUUCGAUGUUAUGACACCUACCAGCUUUCACUGAAGUUUGAACGCUGCUUGGAUUCUGAUGUUGUGGCCUUUGACAUCCUGUCUGAUGACUACUCAAAGCUUGUCUUCCUGCACACUAACCGUUAUGUGGAGUUUCAUUCCCAGCACGGAUACUACUACAAAACACGAAUUCCAAAGUUUGGUCGGGAUUUUUCUUACCAUUACCCCUCAUGUGACCUUUAUUUCGUGGGCUGUAGUUCAGACAUUUAUAGACUGAAUCUCGAACAAGGUCGCUUCCUCAACUCACUUCAGACAGAUGCCGUGGAGCACAACGCAUGUGAUAUCAACCCUGUCCAUCAUUUGUUUGCCAGUGGAACCUCCGAGGGAAAAGUGGAAUGCUGGGACCCUCGUGUCCGGAAGCGAGUGGGCCUUCUGGACUGUGCGCUGAGCAGCCUAACAGAAGGAAUGGAAGUUCAGAGUUUGCCCUCAGUAAGCGCACUGAAGUUUAAUGGUUCACUCGUCAUGGGAGUAGGCACCAGCACUGGGCAGGUGCUGCUGUAUGACCUGCGUUCCAGCCAGCCGCUGAUGGUGAAAGACCACUUCUACAACCUGCCCAUCAAGUCUCUCAACUUCCAUGAUCAGAUGGACCUGGUUGUGUCAGCAGACCCUAAAAUAAUUAAAAUCUGGAACAAAGACAGCGGCAAAGUGUUCUCCUCCAUCCAGCCUGAGAGCAACAUUAAUGAUGUUUGCAUGUACCCUCACUCAGGUAUGCUGUUCACUGGCAAUGAGGAUCCGAAGAUGAACACAUUCUACAUUCCAGCUCUGGGCCCAGCACCUCGUUGGUGCUCCUUCCUUGACAACCUGACAGAAGAGCUGGAGGAGAGCCCAGAGAGCACUGUGUAUGAUGACUACAAGUUUGUCACCCGCAAGGACCUGGACAAUUUGGGUUUGUCUCAUCUUGUGGGAUCAUCCCUCCUGAGGGCGUACAUGCAUGGCUAUUUCAUGGACAUUAGGCUGUAUCAUAAGGUCAAAAGCAUGGCAAAUCCUUUUGCAUACGAGGAGUAUCGCAAGGAUAAGAUCCGGCAAAAGAUUGCAGAGACGAGGACCCAAAGAGUGCAGGUUAAGACAUUGCCAAAAGUCAACAAGGAGCUGGCUCUGAAGCUGAUGGAAGAGGGUGAUGAUGAAAUGGAGCUGACUGCCAGGAAAAAGAAGGGCAAGGCCCUACCCACCGUUUUAGGUGAUAGCCGUUUCAAAGUGAUGUUUGAAAACCCAGACUAUCAAGUGGAUGAGCAGAGCGAGGAGUUCCGCUUGCUCAAUCCCAUCGUCUCCAAAGUCAGCCAGAAGAGGAAGAAGAAGCUGCGGCUACUAGCUCAGGAUGCCACCUUCCAGGUUGCCCCAGAAAAUGACGAGGAGGAGGGUCAAGCGAGCUCUGAGGAGGAAAGCUCAGAUGAUGACAAGAGCUGGGUGGAGGAAGUGAGAGAGCAGCGGAGAUUGCUCAAUGAGGAAGCCCGAGAUCGCCGGCGGAAACAGAGGAAGGACGCCGACCGUAACACGGUCCUGCUAGAGAGCAAAAGCAGCGAAGGAGAGAAAAACUCAAUCACAGCUGAGAACAAGAAGACUAGCCAGCCUCAAUUCUAUCAGAUUAAAAGUGGGGAGGAAUUCCGUGGUUUUAAUGAUGUCUCCCGCAAGCAGAAACUUCAGAAGGCUUCCCUAGAGGAACGACUGAAGUUAGAGCAGCACUCUGGAACCAGCAACAUGGCUGAUGCCACAGUGGGAAGCAAGCAGCUUACUUUUACACUGAAAAAGUCUGAGCAGCAACGGAAGCAGCAGCAGGCGGAACGGGACCACCAUGAAGAGAGGAAGAAGCUGAGGCGCUCGGCCGGACACCUGAGCAGUGCCCGUGGGAAGGGCUGGGGUAGAGGCAGAGGAAGAGGACGAGGAAGAGGAAGAGGAAGGCUCUGAGGAGCAAAGACCCAUCUGCAACUGCCUCAAGCCAAAGUUACACCAAUUAGACAGAUGUCCGAAAUAGCUGAACUGUUGUUUUUAAAAGUGGCCAAGUCUAUGAACAGAUGAGUUACUACCACUCGACCGUGUCAUUUUUAUUUUAUUGAUUUCAUUGUUUGUUUCUUUCUUUCUUGGGAAACAUUUUUGGGUAGUAUUUGUUCAAAAAUUAUUUUGAGUAAAAACAAAAAACAUUGUAAUGAUAUAAGAUGCUAUUUUCUUUUCAUUGCCAAAACUAAUCACAGGCUCUUAAAACAACUCAAACUGUGAAAUUAUUCUUGCCUGGUUUCUCUUUGCCAACUAGCUGUUGUAUUCUUUGUGGCAGCUACGCACCUACUUGCGUCAGUCGUGAAAAAAGGGGGGGGGGGGGAUUUGAGUGUUUUUUUUCCCACCCUUUCACCCUGCCAACAACUGCAGUUCUUGGAAAUUGGAAUGCUUGUCUCCGACGACUGAUUUGUCCCACUUAAGUAUCAAUCAACAUAAAGGAAAAUAUUGGGGAAUUUGUGUCAUUUUCCAUUCACAAUGCUUCACCAUGACAAAAGACUGUCUGCAAGAAGUGGGUCAUGCUGCAGUGACAGAAAUAAUAUGGGAAUAAAUGAGGUACCUACUGGGA